UGCCUUGCGCUGGCCUAAUGGCCCGCCACUAAGCCGGGGUGGCGUGACCAUGAUCACAGGAAAGGGCGUGGCUCUCUGAGCGUGCGGUAGGGUGCCCGGUUGAUCCUUUGCACGUGCGCGUUGUGGAGAAGAAAUUGAGCAACUAGUAACGAUGGACAUUCAACGAUCUCUUGAGCUCUUGCACAUGACCAUAUACACUCAGAGCAUCUCACCUUGUGGCAAAUAUUUAGCAGCCGGAAACAACUAUGGAGAAAUUGCCAUAUUCAGCCUGUCAGCAGCAUUAAGUUCAGAAGCCAAAGAGGACAGCAAGAAGCCGGUAGUGUCCUUUGCAGCCCACAGUGGAGCUAUCUAUGCCAUGCUGUCCACCGAUCGGCAGUUGUUAAGUGCUGGCAAUGGAGAGGUCAAAGCCUGGAACUGGAGCGAGAUUGUGAAAAAAAGUUGCAAAGAGGCUUGGAGUAGGAGGCCACCUUAUGGAAGCAGACUUGAAGUGCCAGAAAUCAACAGCCUUCAAUUGAACCUGAAGGAUAAUACUCUUCUGAUGGCUGGAGGUGACUGUGUCAUUCACAUGAUGGACUUGGAGACUGGAACCUUUACUCGUGAAUUUCAGGGCCACACUGAUUAUAUCCACUGUUUGGCCCUUCGGGAGCAGCUCCGAGAAUGUCUAUCAGGAAGUGAAGAUGGCACCGUACGUCUUUGGGAUUUACGUACAGGAGGUCAAGUCCAAUCAAUUGAAGUCCACAAAUAUGAGGAAUGCAGCCGCCCGCAGAAUGGGAAGUGGAUCAGUUGUUUGGCGACUGACUCUGACUGGAUGGUGUGUGGCGGGGGCCCAGCGCUCACUCUUUGGCACCUACGUUCAGUGACACCCACCACUGUAUUUCCCUUGCCUCAAUGCCAGCAACAAGCCAUGUUCUACCAAGAUCUGAUUCUCUCUGCUGGCCACAGCCCGACCAUUAAUCACUUACAGAUCAGCGGAGAAGUGAAGGCCCAAAUCCCUUGCAUCCCACGUUGCGUUCAUUCCAUUUCCAUCAACGAACACUCUGCAGAGCAUAAGGUAUUGACAGCAGCUGGAAGCAGCCACUGCAUUGACGUCUUCACCAACUUUGGAUACCGAGCCUUUUCUCUAACUUUUACCUAAGAUGUACAUAGUGUCCUUUUGUGAAUAAUCUUAGUUUUGUGAAUUUCAAAUCUGAUAUGGUCUAGGGCAGGGAUAGGCAACCUUGGCUCUUUUAUGACUUGUGGACUUCAACUCCCAGAAUUCCUGAGCCAACUCAUAAAAGAGCCAAAACUGCCUACCCCUGGUCUAGGGAACAUCUUCAUUCUAGGGGCAUCUCUGAUUGCUGAGGAGCCUGCAAAGUUUGCCUGCAAAGGGAGUCACUCCACCCACAAGUUUGUGAGAGAAACUCCAAAAAGAGGCACCUGAAACAAGAUUACUUAACAUAAAAAUGAAUGAAAGGAACUGAAACUUGCCUGUGUUUUCAGAAAGCGGACGUCCUAAUUCUACUAUUGAACUGCGUGUUUCAUCCUAGGACUGGACUGUUGAAUCUAUUCCCGAAGACAUGGAAACUAUCCUUCCCCCUUGUUUUUCUCCACUUAAAAAUCAACAUAUUUUCAUUUAUACUUUCCUUUUUAAUUUUCAUAGAUAUUUCAACAAGGA